AUGUCUAACGUUAACAUAAUUGAUAUUGAAGUAAACGCUGACGAAACUGACAUUGAAACCAAAGAAGUAACUACAUUAAAUGUCAGAGUUCCUGGACCCAUUAAAAUACUGUUUAAAAUAAGACCUGCAGUUCUUUAUGAAGUUACUGGAUUAUUGGAAAAACCCGAAGGCUUAGACAAUAAUGCUUGUUUUUUUGAUG